AUGACAAAGCCGCUCAAUCGAAUUAGACGCUUUGGUGAUAUUGGCGUAUUUGUAGGCAAAAUGAAGAUAAAAAAGCCGUACAGGCAAGCAUUUUUGGAACAAUUGAAAAAAAUGCGCUUUAUUGGUAAAAUACCGCCCGUAUAUCCAAAUGGAUGGUUCUGCAUUGCUGAAUCGAAGCAAAUUAAACUUAAAGAAGUAUUACCAAUCAUUUUUCUAGGACAACAACUGACAUUACUUCGUUCCGAAACCGGAAAAGUAUACUUAAUUAAUUCAUACUGUCCACAUUUGGGUGCAAAUUUCAGUAUUGGAGGUCGUGUUGUGAACAAUAAUUGUAUUCAGUGUCCAUUUCACGGAUGGAUUUUUAAUGCUGAAACAGGCAACUGCAUGCGUAUUCCAUACGAAACAAGUAAUACAAUUCCGGAACAGGCCAAAGUAGUCACUUGGCCAGUGGUAGAGAAGAAUAUGCAUAUUUAUGCCUGGUAUCACUGCGAUGGGAAAGAUCCGGAAUGGCAAAUUCCGGAUGUAGAUGAAAUUAUCAAUGGUGAAUGGAAGUAUAAAGGACGAACGGAACAUGAAAUUAAUUGUCAUAUUCAGGAAAUACCGGAAAAUGGUGCUGAUAUUGCACAUUUGAAUUAUUUACAUUUGGCUGGUAUUAAUAACGGUAAUGAUAUCACUAAAAUUAAAAUGGAAAAUUUGGAGCCAAGAAUACGGCAUGUAUGGAAUGGCCGUUGGGAACAGCAACCGGAACCGGAAAAACAUAUCGGUGUAAUGUAUCUGAAGCAAGUUAUGACUGUCAUGAAAAUACCAAUACCGUUGACAUACAGCGAUUUGCAAGCACGACAGAUAGGUCCAGGUAUCGUUUAUAUGAUGUUUGAUUUUGGUUUGCUCGGACGUGGAAUCGUAUUACAACACGUUACGCCUGAAGAACCAUUGCUGCAACGUGCACGUUUCGUGAUGUAUUCAAAUCUUCCAAAAUUAUACGCUAAUUUUUUCUUGCUUUGUGAAGCAGUUCACUUUGAAAGAGACAUUUACAUUUGGAAUCAUAAAUGUUACAUCAAACGACCACUGCUAACCAAAAGUGAUGGCCCAAUUUUGAAGCAUCGACGUUGGUAUAAUCAAUUUUACGCUGAAAAUAGUCCACGUUUGGAGUUAGAUGGUACGCUUAGCAAUGAAGUUAAAUCAAUUUUUGAUUGGUAA